AUGGUCAGGACGAAGGAUGGCGACGGAAUCAAGAGUAGUAUGAUCGUGUCGGAAGUGGAAAAAAGACCUUGUUUAUUCGAUACGAAUCAUACAAAUUAUGGAGACAGGGCAGAGAAGGCACGCUGCUGGGAUGAAGUGUGCGAGAGCGUAGUGCCGGGCUGGUGUGCGCUGGGGCCGACGGAGAAGUUAGCGGCCGGUAUGUUCACGCUAUCUCGCCUAUUUGCGGAUGUAGACUCGCCGCAACGGGCGCUCGCAGCCACCUUACGCUCUAUAACCGGUCGGGUUGCAAUUGUCGCGUACGACUUGCGUGCUCUUUGUUCGGACAUUUAUAUUCUGAUGCUUUCGAAAUAUGACUAA